GCUUCCCUGGAGGCCUGCACCCACACGUUUCUCCAGUCCAGCCCCUGCCUGGACAGGGGCUCUCUGCUGCCUGUGGAUGAGCCACCGGACCUCCUCCGCCUUCAGAGCGGAGAGAAGCUUCCAUUCUUCCUCCUCCUCCUCUUCCUCUUCUUCUUCUUCGGCCUCCCGUGCCCUCCCAACCCAGGACCCACCCAUGGAGAAGGCUUUGAGCAUGUUUUCGGAGGAUUUCGGUAGCUUCAUGAGGCCCCACUCCGAGUCCCUGGCCUUCCCAGUUCUGCCCACAGCCCGUCCCGGGGGACAAGGCAACAUCAAAACCCUCGGGGAUGCCUAUGAGUUUACAGUGGACAUGAGAGACUUUUCCCCUGAAGAUAUUAUUGUCACCACCUCCAACAACCACAUCGAGGUGCGGGCUGAGAAGCUGGCUGCUGAUGGCACAGUCGUGAACACCUUUGCUCACAAGUGCCAACUACCAGAGGAUGUGGACCCUACAUCGGUGACCUCGGCCCUUCGAGAGGAUGGUAGCCUCACCAUCCGGGCACGGCGUCACCCACACACGGAACAUGUCCAGCAGACCUUCCGGACGGAGAUAAAAAUCUGAGGGUCUCCCCACCUUUGCCCUCCCCCCAUCUCCUCCUCAACUGGCCUGCUGGUGAGGUCAUCCUGACCCCUGACAAUGGCCCCCAGAACAUCUCAGUGUAGGUCCCAGUCACUCCACACACUCUUAGGCCCCAGGUGGGUCACACACACACACACACACACCCACACACACCAAACUAGGUCCCUCCUUUCCACCCAAGGCAGUCCAAAGACCCUCUUGCCCUCACCCAGAUAGGACCUCCUUAUGUUAGCUCACAGUAGAGUAGUUGAGGUAUCAACUUGGGGAGAAAGAUGGGGACUGAGCCUCUGAGCAAAAGAUCAAAGGUCAGAGAGACAUCAACGGCAUCUCUGCAGGGCAGGGGACCAGGGACCCUCCUGGCAAGAGGACUAUGAGAGUUCGCCACAAGCAGAGCUGCUGGCCUGGGGGUGCGGGACGGGGACACACUGCCUCAGGAAAGCCAUAGAGAUAGAUAUGACUGUCACCUCCCUGGGGCUGCAACUCUCCAAGCCUCAAACCCAGGACUGCCUGUCACCCUAGACCCCCGUCAGCUAGGACAUAUACCAGGCAAGGACGCCUGUACCCCAGUGUGUAUUAAAAGGGCAUGAGGCUCCUAUCUCCAGCAGCUGGUGCCUUUGGCCAGAUUGGUUCACCAGAGCCCUAGGCUCCUGGGUGGCUCCCCCUGCAGAGAGGAUCCCCUCCGGAAGUAGGAGCAAGAGCAGUCAUGGGACUUUACUAAUCCACGAAUACACCCCCCCCACACACACACACACAUGCCGUUGUCCCAGCCCUUAAAUACUCAUUCCCAGUGGUUGCAGCCCAAUUCAAAACGCUCUAGAACUAGACUUAGCUCUGCUUUCAUCCAUGUCGCGUCUCUGAGCAAGUCGGAUGCUGGGUUUUGUGGCUGAAGGUUGGUUCUGUCAGCUGCUCACCUCUGUGCAGGGGAUGGGGGGGGGAGCUCCCCUGACUCCAACUCUCUAGAGCUACACCCCCUGCCUCACAUGUCUGACUGCACAGGGUGGCCACAGGAAGAGCCCCAACCCAGAUCCCUCCUGCCCUCCAAGUCCAGGGCAAAGACCCCUGUCAGCCCUAACCCUGGAGGACCAGGGCUCUGACUCCGGCUGUGACUCUGUCUCCCACAGUUGAGGCAGGCGUGAGAGGGGGAAGCUCUCGGUUAGUUGGGUUCCCUGGGGCCUCUGACUCCUGC